UCCUGCUUCACUUCUCCUAUUAAAUAAAUUCUACCUAACAUUCCUUUUCCUUGAUUAUUUAUCUUCCUUCUACACAUUUUAUUCUUCUCAGUCUACUGUUUCUAUCACUUGUAUUCACCGGAUGUCUGCAAACAAUUCUCCACUUCCCAAAACGCCCCCAACCGACACACCUUAUUCAAACAACAAUCAUUCUCCAGCCACACCUCAGCUUCCCGAAACUCCCCAGAAGUUGACCAGGACCGUGGCUAUCAUUAAAUACCAUGCUCUAGCUCAUCGAUUUGACAUAGAGCCACGUAUCCAGGAGGCUAGUUUUGAGAUUGUCAAAGAAAGGCAGAUGGAGUUUGAUGUUGAGACUGACCCAGAGACGCUUUAUGAGCUUUUCGGAGAAGAUGCAGAGUCUCUUGGCGAAGGUCCUGUUUGGGUCUACGUCCUCGAACGACGUCGUGCAGUAGAAGUGUGGAAUACUCUAAUGGGAAACAGGGACCCCGAAGUUGCGCGUCAGGAAUCACCCAACUCUUUGCGGGCUUUAUAUGGGAUAUCCCUCAAGCAAAACGCACUCAUGGGAUCUCCAGAUACAGAGAUUGCCGAAAUCCAGAUCGCUUCUCUCUUUGCAUCUUCUCCACCUUUCCCUACCUCAGAUCUUCCUGACGAUCGCUUUAGCACCCUCCAGUCCGUUUCUUCCUCCGUCCUCUCUGCGUUGCAAAGGGUCGCGUCAGACGAAGUCCUGUCUAAUUCAGGCGUCACAAGCUCUUCAAUCGGUGGUGGAAGCGCCAAGUCGGCCAACGCUGGAACUGGGUUCCGGGCUCGACCUCUCCCCUCUACUCACAACAAACAACCAGUUAUCGUACCGCGAACGACUCGUUCAGCAGCGCUGCGAGCCGGCGCUGCCCCUGAAAAAGUAGCCCCUCGUAUCGCUCCGACUAAAGGACAAAUGGCUAGAACAUUUGAAAAUGUUCCGGGUCACAAACGCGCCGGUACCAUCUCCGUUGCUUCCACUGCCGCUCCUACUAUCGCGCCCAGGAUGACCAAGGCAGCCGCUCUGAGACUGGGCAUACAACCUCCGACAUCGACUGUCCGAAACACGCUGGCAAGUCCGGAAAACGGACACAAGCGCGGUUUCGAGGGCGUUCCUGGACAUAAACGGAGGGAGACAAUAUCCGUGGCUUCUGUUAUUGCUCCAAUUGUUGCCCCGAGAACGAACAAAAGUGCCGCGCUGCGACAGCAGAAGGAUUCCGCUCCGCCAAGCUCAUUUAUGUUCAAAGGCCCCACUACACUUAAGCUACCAGGGUUAUCGCGUUCCAGCUCUCAGACAUCUCUCAACUCAAAUCUCAAACCGCCCAGUCGCCCCGUAUCUCAGGCAUCUAUACAACAGACUUCACGACCACCCGCGACGAUUUCACGAACGACGAACACUCCAAGGCCUACGAGCUCGAUGAAGAUAAAUGGCAACAGUACUGCCAAUGGUGUUAGCGGUCCAUCAGUCGCUCGUAACGACAGUAAAACACCCCCUCUUGCUAGUACACAGGAAAAACCGAAGCUUCGGCCACGCCCAAGUAGCGUGGCCGCGCCUUCAAUUACACCACGUUCCAACAAGAGUGCUGCACUCAGGGCAGCAAAGAAAGAGCAGGAAGCUGCUGCCGCUACUCGAAAGAAUACACGAACGUCGAGAGGACCACCUCCAUCGAGUAUGUUCAAGGGCUUGGUCGUCUGAUCGAACGCUCUUACACCGAUUCAUGGCCAAUGUAUCUUCCCUCUCCUUCUCUGAUCGCUCAACUCGCUGCUUGGUGGCGUAUCGAAAUAGGUUUGGCUAUAACCGCGUAACGGGAGCCUUUUCUCUCUUCCCGUCUAUUUACCAGUCGCUCAGCCUUGCUUCCCGGCGCAUUCCCCCCAUCUAAAUAUUAUGCUUGCAUCUCUUGUCCGCCAUUCCUUGCUUUAUUAUUUGUUAUCCAUGGUUCUCAACUGUUCCACCACGAGCGGAAUUUCAAUCAUAGUAAUCGCGGACGCCUGUGGCGUCUGGAUGAAAAGUACAGGUUUCUAAUGCGGCGUGCCUCAAACUAUGUACCUUCACACGCAAAAUUCUUAGCGUCGGUACUGGGUCUCGAUUCUCGGGAGUCUGAAACUACACCAAUAUGCACUAUGUUGAGCAUUUGCAAUCCUUUUUCCUCCUUACUAUUGGCCAUAUCUCGAUGCGCACUAGCAAUACCACCAGCCUGGCUUCUCAAGUGACAGCGGAAUGAGUGAUAAGAUAAGAUGUGGUCCCUGUUUAUGUUUUCAUUUCAAUUUUAUGAUUUUUA